AUGGACGACAUUUUUUCCUGGUCAGGAUACGUGUCUCAGAGAUGGGUGAUGGCCGUGAUGGGCAUGAUGGGCGUCAUGAUAGCGUACGUGAUGCGGGCCUGCUUGGGCAUAACCCUCACGCAAAUGGUCAGGCCAGUGGUUGUGGUGGAUGAAAGUCUGAGUUCUGUUCUGCACGAAUAUUGUCCGAUGCCACAGUCAUCGUCGAACAGCCACACUGAGUCCAACAGGACAGAAAUAACGGAGGACAAGUUUCAAAACCGGUUCGAUUGGGAUGAGAAGACGCAGGGGGAGAUCCUGUCGUCGUUCUACUAUGGCUACAUACUCACACACCUACCCGGCGGCGUCUUAUCCCAGAGGUUCGGUGGAAAGCACACGAUGGGGUUUGGAAUACUGUUUACUGCAGUCUUCACUCUGAUGACUCCAUACGUAGCGUACAUGGGUACUAGGCCGCUGACCAUUCUGCGGUUCUUCGAAGGACUUGGUGAAGGCACUAUGUUCCCGGCUCUCUGUACACUCUUGGCGCAGUGGGCUCCGCCUAAAGAAAAGGGAAAGCUCUCCACACUGGUAUUUGCAGGUGUGCAAAUUGGUAAUAUUUUCUCUAAUUUCUUGAGUGGUUUAAUCAUACAAUACAUACCUGGUGGUUGGCCAAACGUCUUUUACAUCUUUGGCAUAACCUCGUUGAUUUGGUUUGGGCUCUGGUGCAUGUUUGUUUACGACGACCCCAGUUCUCAUCCGUUCAUAUCGAAAGUUGAGCGCGACUACUUAAAAGAGUCGAUCGGAAGUCUCGAAAGGCAAAAGGACUUGGCUCCCACGCCAUGGAUGACUAUAUUAACGUCGUGGCCAGUAUGGGCACUAAUUAUCGUUGAAGCAGGUCAUGACUGGGGUGCAUAUACAAUUAUCACCGAUCUGCCCAAAUAUAUGAAUGACGUCUUACAUUUUUCUAUUAGUGAGAACGGAUUAUUAUCGUCCUUCCCAUAUAUCGCCCAAUGGGUUACGUCGAUCUUAGUUAGCAUAUUAUCCGACUGGCUGAUAACAAAACGAAUAAUGAGUGUCACUGCGGUUAGAAAAAGUUUUGCCAUUAUAGGAAAUGUCGGGCCUGGUAUUGGUGUAAUGUGUGCUUCGUUUGUCGGAUGUGACAAAAUGAUAGCAACUCUGUGUUUUACUUUGGGUAUGGCACUAAUGGGAUUCUGUUAUCCCAGCAUCCGUGUCAAUUCGCUUGAUUUGUCACCCAAUUACGCUCCAACUAUAAUGGCACUAGUCAACGGUAUUGGUUGUUUAUCAGGAAUGGCUACUCCUUUUAUCGCCGGAAUUCUGACACCAAAUCGAACUGUGUUAGAGUGGCGUCUUGUGUUUUGGAUUAUGAUGGCAGUAAUGACAGUAUCAUCUGUAGCGUAUGGGAUGUAUGGAACUGGUGAAUUGCAACCCUGGGAUAACUUACAACAACAUUAUCUAAAAGAAAACGAAAAAUCAAAGAGGGGAUUACCUAUGCAAGAAAGAUUAAGUAUAAUUCAUUCUAAAUCUAUAGAUGAUGGAAACUCGUAA